AUGUGUGCCCAAGGUUACGAAGGAAGGAACUGUGAAAUAGAUAUAAAUGAAUGUCUGCCAAAUCCAUGCAAGCACGGCGCUAUAUGUAAGGAUAAAGUGAACGAAUACAGCUGCACGUGUCCCCCAGGUUACAAAGGACAGAAUUGUGAAAUAGAUAUAAAUGAAUGUCUGCUAAAUCCAUGCAAGCACGGUGCUACAUGUAAUGAUAAAGUGAACGAUUACAGCUGCAUGUGUGCCCCAGGUUACAAAGGAAAGAACUGUGAUUCAGAUAUAAAUGAAUGUCUGCCAAAUCCAUGCAAGCACGGCGCUACAUGUAAUGAUAAAGUGAACGAUUACAGCUGCACGUGUCCCCCAGGUUACGAAGGAACGAACUGUGAAAUAGAUAUAAAUGAAUGUCUGCCAAAUCCAUGCAAGCACGGCGCUACAUGUAAUGAUAAAGUGAAUGAUUACAGCUGCAUUUGUGCCCCAGGUUACAAAGGCCAGAAUUGUGAAAUAGAUAUAGAUAAUUGUCUUCUACAUAAAUGCAAGAACGGAGCCACAUGUAAAGAUAAAGUUAAUGGCUACGUCUGUAUCUGUCAAAUUGGUUACACAGGACAGCACUGCGAUACAGAUAUAAAUGAAUGUCUGCUAAAUCCAUGCAAGCACGGUGCUACAUGUAAUGAUAAAGUGAACGAUUACAGCUGCAUGUGUGCCCCAGGUUACAAAGGAAAGAACUGUGAAUUAGAUAUAAAUGAAUGUCUGCCAAAUCCAUGCAAGCACGGCGCUACAUGUAAUGAUAAAGUGAACGAUUACAGCUGCACGUGUCCCCCAGGUUACGAAGGAACGAACUGUGAAAUAGGUAUGAUGUCAGAUUAA